AUGGAGGAAUCUUCAGAAUCUCCGCUUGUCCUCCUUCACCGGCCACCGUCACUGGUUUUUAUGGACGAGCUUCUGGGUCGUAACUAUCGGAUUCUCGAUAUCAACACCUCAUCGGAUCCACUCCCGAUCUUCCUCUCCCGUCACGCCGCCUCAGCCAGAGCAUUCGUCAACAUCGCCAGGCUUCCGGUGACCGCCGAGCUGCUCUCCCUCCUCCCUAAUCUCGAGAUAAUCAUCUGCACCAGCGUCGGCGUCGAUCACAUCGAUCUCGCCGAGUGCAAGCGUCGGGGAGUCGCUGUCACCAACGCUGGCGACGCUUUCUCGGAGGACGUGGCGGAUUCCGCCGUCGGUCUGCUUAUUAGCGUCCUCCGUCGCGUUCCGGCCGCCGAUCGGUACGUCCGGUCCGGUAAUUGGAAGAAAUUCGGGGAUUACCAGUUAGGAUCCAAGGUGAGCGGGAAGCGAGUUGGGAUAGUUGGGUUGGGGAGCAUCGGAUCUUUUAUAGCCAAAAGACUUGAACCUUUUGGUUGCAUCAUCUCUUACAAUUCAAGAAGUCAGAAACAGAGCAUUCCGUACAAGUACUACUCCGACGUUCUCUCCUUAGCAGCCAACAACGAUGUUCUCAUCCUCUGCUGCUCUCUGAAUGAUGAAACACGUCACAUUGUGAACAGAGAAGUGAUGGAGUCGCUUGGGAAGGAUGGGGUUAUAAUCAAUGUGGGAAGAGGAGGGUUGAUCGAUGAGAAGGAGAUGGUCAAGUGUCUGGUCCAAGGAGUGAUUGGUGGUGCCGGUUUAGAUGUGUUUGAGAACGAACCGGAAGUUCCUGUGGAGUUGUUUGGUUUGGACAAUGUUGUGCUGUCUCCACAUUCUGCUAUGAUCACGCCAGGGUCUUUUAAGAAUGUUGAAGAUGUUGCUUUCGCUAACCUCAAGGCGUUUUUCUCGAACCAGCCUUUGAUUUCCCCGGUUCAAUUUGAUUGA